AUGGCAUUAAGUAUCCGCCCACCUUCUGUUCUAACAGUAGAGCCAUCCGGGUUUGGCUUUUGGACUGGCUACUUUUUCGCCGUCAACUGCGUUGUAGGAGCUGGCUUUUUAAGUCUCCCCUGGGCUUAUGAAAACGGCGGGUGGCUUUUUUGCCUGCUAUAUCAAAUUUUUAUGACAAUUUUUAGCUUGAUUCUUUCACAUAUGGUUUUUGAAAUAAUGGGCCGUGUUGAAGUUCUCACACGAAUUCAAGAACUCGGUAAAGAUGUUCCACAGCUCGAUUUUAAGCUUCUAAUUUUUGGAAAAUCAAAAGGAGAACAAUUAAUUCCAAUUACAGAUCAAGAGCCAAAAAUUACCUCAAGAAGAACAGACUUAUCAGAAAUCGCCAGACUGCUAUUUGGCGAGCAUUUCGGCCGAUUAUAUUUAGUUAUUUUAUACAUUUAUCAGCAAGGGAUUCAAGUUUCCUAUGCUUCAAUUUUUUCCACAUCUUUUGCAUCAAAUAUCCCUUUAGGGAAUCUUGACACUUGUGAUGUGUAUGAGGAAGCUGGGUUUUAUAAUAAUUGCAAAUGAAAAUAUUGGAUUUAUUUGCUGAUUUUUGGGGGAUUUAUGGUAUAUUUGACACUGAAAGGAAUGGAAGAGCAGGUUUGGUUCCAAUCCUGCAUGACUUUUAUGAGGUUUCUUGUAAUGAGCUUAGUUAUCAUUACAAGUAUUUAUGAUAUUGCAACAAAUAAUAGCAACGAAAGUGACAAUCGAAAUAAUAUAGAAAUGCCGCCUUUAAUUGCCUUUGAGCAUCUUGGGUCUGCAAUACCAAUUGUCCUUGUAGCUAUGGCAUUUCAAAACUCGAUUCCUACUAUUGUGCAGCAUGUUACAGAUAAAGAAACAAACUUAAGGAAAAUAGCGAAUGCUUCUACCUUGACUGCUUUUGGGUUUUAUAUGCUAUUAGGAAUGCUUGUUCCCGUCGCAAUUGAUGAUGUCCCAAGCAUGUCUACUUUAUCUUAUAGGAAUUACACAGCUGGGCAUGAAAGGCAUAAUCGUCCUUGGUGAACUUAUAUUAUUGAGUACAUUGUGGUCAUUUUUCCAGCACUUGACGUAUUUUCGAGUUUUCCUAUACAAGCUAUUACGCUUGCUGAUAAUUUGUGCACAAGAUAUUAUGGGAAUAUUCCGAAAUUUCAUAUGCCAAAGAGAGGAGUGAGGUUCUUUAGACUGCUAGUUGUCAUCCCUCCACUUAUUAUUGCAUUCUUAGAAUAUAAUUUGGUAAAACUAAUAUAGGGAUUUAUAUUGGAGUGGACUGGACUAUUAGGGAUCUUAUUGAUACCAGCUGCAAUACCAAUGAUGCAUUUAGCGGCUAGAAGAUUAGUUGAUGGAGAAUCUGUGCAUGAUAUAAAUAUUGUUCCACCUGUAAGCUAUAUAUAGAUGCUGUGUGUCAUUUUAAGCGUUGCUCAUGUAUUUAUCGCAAUUUUAGUUGUAGUUCUGAAUAUUUUAGAGUCAACGAAAUAA